GACCCAAGGAGACGCCAGUUCUCCGCGCUCCUCCUCGGCCGAAACUCGCGCGCGCCUCUGGCUUCCCCGAGGAUGGGGAGGCGCGGCCGUUGCUCCGCAGCGCUGUGGACGCCGUCGCCGUCUUUGUCCCUGUCGCUGUCUCUGUUUCUGCCGCCGCUGCUGCUGCUGCUGUUUGUGGGGCCCCGCGCCGACGCGGCCCCGCGCUCCGCGCUCUACUCGCCCUCCGACCCGCUGACGCUGCUGCAGGCGGACACGGUGCGCCCGAAGGUGCUGGGCUCCCGCAGCGCCUGGGCCGUGGAGUUCUUCGCCUCCUGGUGCGGCCACUGCAUCGCCUUCGCCCCGACGUGGAAGGCCCUGGCCAACGACGUCAAGGGCUGGCGGCCAGCAUUGCAGCUGGCGGUCCUGGACUGUGCCGAUGAGACCAACAGUGAUGUCUGCCGCAGCUUCGACAUCUCCGGCUUUCCGACUGUUCGGUUCUUUAAAGCCUUCACCAAGGAUGGCAUCGGAUCAACAUUGCCAGUGGGGGGCGCAGAUGUGCAGACACUUCGGGAAAGACUCAUUGAUGCCCUGGAGACCCACACAGACACUUGGCCUUCCGCCUGCCCCCCGCUGGGGCCUACCAGGCUGCAAGAGAUCGAUAGCUUCUUCGCCCGCAACAACCAAGAGUACCUGGCCUUGGUGUUUGAGAAGGAAGGAUCGUAUCUGGGCAGAGAGGUUAUUCUGGACCUGUCUCAACAACCCGGCAUGGCCGUACGCCGCGUGCUCAGCUCUGAGGCUGAUGCUGUGGACAAGUUUGGCGUCACAGACUUCCCGUCCUGCUACCUGCUCUUCCGGAAUGGCUCUGUCUCACGGGUCCCCGUGCUGGUGGAAUCCAGAUCCUUCUACACCACUUACCUGCAGAGAUUCUCCGGGGCCCCCAGGGUGGCCCCCACCACCAUAGCCCCACCCACCCCCCAGCCCGUGGCUCCCACCAUUUGGAAGAUCGCAGACCGCUCCAAGAACUACAUGAUAGAUCUGGAAUCAGCACUUCACUAUAUCCUCCGGGUUGAAGUGGGCAAGUUCUCCGCCCUGGAGGGCCAGCGCCUGGCAGCCCUGAAACAGUUUAUGGCAGUGCUGGCUCAGUACUUUCCAGGUCAGCCUCUGGUCCAGAACUUCCUGCAUUCCGCCCAUGACUGGCUCAGGAGGCAGCAGAGGAAGAAAAUCCCCUACAGUUCCUUUAAGGCUGCCCUGGACAACAGGAGGGAGGGCACUGUGAUCGCUGAGAAAGUGACCUGGGUGGGCUGCCAAGGCAGCGAGCUGCACUUCCGGGGCUUCCCGUGCUCCCUGUGGCUCCUUUUCCACUCCCUCACUGUGCAGGCUGCAAGGUCCCAGAUCAACCCCUCCCAGGAGUCAGCCAAGGCGCAGGAAGUGCUCCAGGCCAUUCGUGCCUACAUCCGCUACUUCUUUGGCUGCCGUGACUGUGCUGGUCACUUUGAGCAGAUGGCGGUGGCCUCCAUGCACAAGGUGGACACUCGGGAUGGUGCCGUGCUCUGGCUCUGGUCUAGGCACAAUCGAGUCAACACCCGCCUCAAAGGUUCCCCCAGUGAGGACCCCCAUUUUCCGAAGAUGCAGUGGCCGCCCCGGGAGCUGUGUCCUGCCUGUCACAAUGAGAUCCAGGGCAACAUGCCAGUGUGGGACCUGACCAACACCCUCAGCUUCCUCAAGGCCCACUUCUCCCGGGGCAACCUGGUGCUGGGCAUCCCAGGCACAGGCGCUCACAGUGGGGGGCUCCAGUGGAUGGCAAUGCCCCCCUCUGCCACAGCUCCAUCCAUCGAAAACUCCACCGUGGUCACAGAGGAGGUGGAGGAGACAGUCCCCCUGGAGAUUUUGGCUGAUUGGCUAGAGGCCAACGAUGUCCCGGAGAUGCCUGCUGAGGCCAGUCUGCCCAGUACUGAGCCCAACCAGGAAGCCCCUGAGCACCCCACAGAACCUCAAGAGGAGAAGCCUGAGACUUUUGGGGGGCUGCGGCGCUUGAGCAAGCGAGACACGGGGGCUUCGAGGCUGAUGCUGGAGAAGCUCCCUGGGGUGCAGAGUCUGUGGGGCCCCAUCCCUCCCGGGGACUCCGAGGCAGGGGCUCUGCAGGGUCAUGGGCAAUGGCUGCAGCUGCUGGGGGAAGAAGUGUCCCAUGUGGACGUAAGUCUUUGUGUGGUCUUGUACUCUGUGUCCUUCCUGGGCUUGUUGGCCAUGUACAUCUACUUGCGGGUCAGGAUCAAGGCCCUAAAGGGCCACACCGGACACUCCCUGGCUUGAGCCUCUCGAACAAGCCGCUUCCUGU